AUGCCCGGGGAAAAACCCCGAAUCCUCAUGUCUCGAAGAGCAUCGCAUCCGAAAGACCUGCGGGGCAUGUGGACAUCAGUGCGCAUCGGCGAAGCUGGACGUCGUCCGAAUAGCGAGAAAAGAGCGAGUACACGUAGGUAG